AUGAGCAUAGCAUCAAAGACAGCAUCGCUCGUUAUACAGAGGGGAAUGGAAAAAACGCGGCUCACAAAAUUUGUUAACAAAAUAAAAGAAUGUCAAAGCGAUGGAGACAUUUUACAGCUCGAACAACGCCAAGAAAAAAUGGAAGAAAGUUGGCAAAACUUUCAGAAAAUUCAGUCAGUGAUCGAAGUGUCAGUAGACAACAUCAAACCAGAGAUCACGUAUAGAUGUGAGUUUGAAGAUACUUAUUUUCAAGCAAUGGCCGAUUGUGCCAGAAUAAUAGAUAAGCAAGUAAAGGAAAAUAAUAUUGAAAAACAAAGUCUGCAAAAUAUGGUUCCACCCCUAUUAAUGUCUGACCUAAGUGGAGAGGGUUCAAAUUUAAGAGUUAAUGCAGCGCCCUUUAAAAAGUUACCACCGUUAGAGAUCCCGGAGUUUAACGGAGAAUAUAAAAAUUGGUCGACUUUUAAGGAUCUUUUUGAAACUUUAAUAAAUUCGGAUGAACAAAUGCCGGAUGUACAUAAAUUCUUUUAUUUAAAAAAAGCUUUAAAGUCAGGUGCUGCUAGAGCCAUUCAAUCUUACGAUAUGACAGCAAAAAAUUACCAUUUAGCAUGGAAGUAUUUAAAUGAUCGGUACAAUAAUACGAAAAUUAUUGUACAAACUCAUACCAAAGCAAUCUAUGACCUUGAUUCUAUUAUAAAAGUAUCAGCUUCGCAACUACGUCGCUUUUUGGAUUCAUUAACAGGGAACAUGAAUACUUUAGAGCAAUUAGGUUAUGAUCCCUUGAAUUGGGGACCAAUGUUAUUGCAUAUUAUUACAACGAAAUUAGAUGUAAAAACGUUGGAAGCCUGGGAAACGGAAGCACCAAAAACUCAAGUAGCUUAA